AUGUCUGAUGAAACCAAGCCUCUCGUUCUCCUAACGGGCCUGAAUGGCUUCGUCGGUGCUCACGUCCUUGAUCAGCUCUUGAAGGCGAAUUACCGCGUGCGUGGAACUGUCCGAUCCCUGUCGAAAAGCACUUUCUUCCAGUUGAAAUACCCGCAAGCUUGCCGCGACCAAGACCUCACCUUCAUCGCCGUCCCCGACAUCCAAGCCUCAGCCGCCCUCGACGAAGCUGCUCAAGGAGUCGACUUCAUCUGCCACGUUGCCUCCCCUUUUUUCACAUCGACGGACGACCCGAUCAGAGGCCUCGUCGAGCCCGCCGUCAAUGGGACUCGCAAUGUCGUCCGAAGCGCACUCGCAAGCAAGACGCUGAGGAAAAUGACCAUCUUGAGCAGCUUUGCCGCCGUCAUGGACAUGUCCAAAGGCACGCGGCCCGGGUACAUGUACACAACAACCGACUGGAAUCCAGUCACGCGCGACCAGGCCGCUGAGAAUGGAUUCUUUGGGUACUUCGCCAGCAAGACGUUUGCCGAGCGCGCGGCCUGGGACAUGUGGGAAGAGGCCAAAGCCAAGGGCGAGAUCUCCUGGGACCUUGUCACGUUGUGUCCGCCUAUGAUCUACGGUCCGCCCUAUCACGAGGUCCACACGGACAAGGGAGUAGAGGGGUUGAACACUAGUUUGAAGGACUUGGUCGUGGGGUUGCAGGGCCGGAAUCCAGCGUUCAAGCCAAAGGUCGCAACGCCGGGGCUGCCAGCUUGGGUGGACGUCAGAGACGUGGCAAAGGCGCAUAGUGCAUGUGUCUACGAACUAGAGCGAGAGCGCAUCGCUUUCCUUCCUGCCCACCCGGACCGACAAGCAGCGGAUGACCUCACGCAAUCCCAUGUAGACACCACUUCCACGGCUACGAGCGCCGAGGACGACGAGUCCAGAGUGCUAGGCUAUGCCAACGACACCAAGGGAACGCCGGGAAUCAUCCGCGGCCUAGGAGCGUCCACGGGUGUAUAUCAUGAAUCGCGCACCCGCCAUGAUUCUACCACGAAUAAGUACGCAAGCACCAUUCGAGAACUUCCAGCCCAUCGGCACGUCGACUUUCUAGUACAAGCCUUCUUCCAAAAUGUCGCCUGGCACUACGACAUUGUGGACGAGGCCACCUUUACCGCCCAAUUAUCCCAAUGGAGCGCUCUGUCGCACAAACAGCUGACGCUGGCGCCAGAAGGCCUCCCGACUAGCCUCAAGGCUUUUCCUGCCCUCUUAUUCCAGGUUCUAGCACAAGCUCUGCUGUUUCAACCUCAGCGACAUGACGAGUGUCUUAAUGACUUGAAGUAUGCAGCCGACAUGGAGCUCUCCGACCGGGCGGCAGAAUACAGUGACGCAGGAAUGCGCAUUGCGUCGUCGUUUAAGAAAAGCGAGCUCAGCCUGACGAUAGUGCAGGCAACACUCAUGCGAUGCUGCUUUGAGAAAACCACUGGCGCAGUCACGGAGGCGUGGCAUACCCUAGGAACUGCCAUUCGCGAAGCCCAAGAGCUUGGUCUUCACAAGCUGGAGCCGCAGCAGCGCAUAUCGUGGAGGACCGAAACCGCACACCACGACCUGGGCCGGAAGGUGUGGCUGAUGCUCCACCUUUGGGAUGCACAUAUGGGCAUUGUCCUUGGAAGGCCAAUGUCGACGAGAUUAAACCCCGACGAUGUGCCAUCCCCAACGCCAUGGGACUGCAGCGCCGAUGCACCCCGGCCACCCCAACCUAGAGACGUGAUUCUGUGCGGCUACCACACUGCCUACAGAUACCUGCAAGAGAUCCACGACUUGGAGAAGAUCGACGAUUCCCGCCUACUCGUCGACAAUAUCCACGACCGUCUCCUCGCCAACCUCUCCAACCUGCCCGAAUGGGCCCGACCCCAGAGAUCUCGCGAUUGUGAACCCGCCUGGCUCCCCGCGGCCUUGGAAAUCAUGACAACCAACAUGUACUUUGUCCUCUUCUCCCUCCACCGACCCUUCAUCUUCGCAUCCGCGCGCAGUCGCGCCACAGCAGUCUACGCGGCAACGCAGAUCCUCGAAUCGCAAGCCCGGCUCUUCGACCGGACGGAGCCUCUGCAGCACAAAGCGUUCGGGUGGGUCUUCGCGACAUUCGAUGCCACGGUGCUGAUUGUCGCCGUGCACGUUCGCUUUCCGGAGGAGUUUAUGGGGGACUUUGCAGCCACAAAAGAGAACGUUGAGGGGGCUUUGGAGAGGCUGAAGGUGCUGCGGGCUAGUAACGACUUGGCCGGCUCGGCUUUUCGCAUCCUGCAACGCUUGUAUGAGAAGAUGUUGGAGGCUGCCACUCAUCCGACGGAGUCCUCAAGUCUGGAUACAGGGAGCAGUGAUGGCUUUGUGGGCAUGGAAGCGGAUACGUUGGGCGGUGAGUGGGAGGAUGCUCUACUGCCCGAUUUCGGAAGCUACUCGCUUCCCCCUGAUCCAUUCAACGAGUUACUAUGCAAUGGCGAUACUUCUUUUGGUGUCGAUCCGGCGUGGCAAACGGAUUUAGACCUGGCGCAGCUCGGUGAUUUGGCUGGCUUUGAUAAUCGAAGCUGA